AUGAAGAGAUUCAUCAAAGAAAUCUGUACUAUCGGCUACAGCGUUGAUUUUGGAGGCUCCAGGGACGUGACAAAAUCUGGAGCCUCUGAAAUCGGCAAAAUCUACAAAAUCAGCGAUAUCAGAGAAGUCGGUAGCAUCGGCGACUACGGCGGCAAAUGCGAAUACAGCGACUUCAACGACAUCAUAUUAAUCGACAAUUUCGCUUAA